AUGUUCCUGGUGAUGAUUUUGAUGUCUUUAGAAGUUGUCAAUCUCCUUACAUCUCAUUGCAGUGGCUCUUGGGGCCCUUUGCUUACUUCUGAUGAUGGCAGUCUCGGUGUGGCUGAUAUACAUAUAGUCAAGAAAAAAUAUGAACUUCAAAGAACUCUAAACAACCUCACUGAAAAUUACCACAUCCUGCAAAAUGACAACUACUUAAAGGAAGAAAUACUGAGAAAUAAAUCUAGAGAGUGUGAUGACCUCAAACAUCAAAAGGAACCAGACUCCCUCAAAAGAAAACAGAACAGAUGCUGUGGGAAAACUAAGGUUGUUUUAGAUUGCAUACAGCAUACAGGAAAACAUGUUGAAGGACAUUUGUUCUGCUGUGGGAUAAAAUGUUAUUAUGUCAUCAUGGAAAAUAAACACUGGAGUGGAUGUAAACAGACCUGCCAGGCCUGCAGCUUAUUCCUUUUGAAGACAGAUGAUGAUGAUGAACUGAAGUUCUUACAGUCCCAGGUUACUACAAACGGAUACUGGACUGGAUUAAAAUAUAAUGGAAGCAAAGGAGAAUGGCAAUGGAUUGGCAAUGUCCCAUCUAACCUUAAUUUGACAACAGCGAAAUUGUUAAAGGGAAGUGGAGGCUGUGUGUAUCUCAGUUUUGGAGGUAUACAUGAAGAUGACUGUGGUAGAAACCACCCCUGUAUCUGUGAAAAGAGAAUGGAUAAAUUCCCUGUUUCCAUGUACAGUGUGAAGGUUGGUAUCUUCAAAGAGGACAAGAAGAUAGGCCUCACUUGCCACCGGUUAAACACCAAUGGCUGCACUCUGGAAGCACGGAUCUGUUUUGAAGCCCUGAGAAAUUUCAUGCACCAGACUCUGGAAGGGGAGCUUGGGAAUCAGAAGCUCAGUGGAUUCAUGAUUGUGUCUGAUUUCAUGGAAUGCCACAGUACCAGGCCUGUAAAGAUGAGGUUUCUUCACUGUCCAGUAGUGUGGCUUUUGUAG